AUGAAGAGUUGGAUUGAAUUAGAGAUCAAAUUACGACAAAAUGCGACAACCGAUAAAAGUGUUGAAGAACAAAUCAACAAAGAACAAGAACAUUGGAGAAAAGUACUAUUGAGAGUAGUUGCUGUUGUGAAAACACUUGCUAAAAAUAGUUUGGCAUUUCGUGGAGAUAAUGAGAAGCUUUAUGGAGAAAAUAAUAGAAAUUUUUUAAGUAUAAUAGAAAUGAUUGCCAAAUUUUAUCCAAUAAUGAAAGAGCAUGUUCGUCUAGUUCAAGAGAAAGAAAUUCAUUAUCAUUAUCUUAGUCACAAAAUUCAAAAUGAAUUUAUUCUUCGAAUAGCAGAUGAGAUCAAAAGUUUAAUCAUCCAAAAGAUUAAAGAAGCAAAGUACUUUUUUGUUAUUCUUGAUUGUACUCCGGAUGCAUGCCAUGAAGAGCAAAUAUCACUUAUAUUAAGAUGCGUGAAUAUUUCAACAAGCCCAAUAAAGAUGGAGGAGUUCUUUUUAGGAUUUUUAAAGGUGGAUGAUACAUCAGGACGAGGACUUUUUGAAGAACUUGUAAAUAUUUUGCAAGAGCUUAAACUUGAUAUUGGUGAUGUAAGAGGACAACGGUAUGAUAAUGGUUCUAAUAUGAAAGGAAAACAUAAAGGUGUACAAAGAAGAUUAUUAGAGAUAAAUCCUAGAGCAUUCUACACACCUUGUGGUUGUCAUAGUCUUAACAUUGUACUUUCUGAUAUGGCAAACUCUUGUUCGCAAGCUUCAUCUUUUUUCGGAGUGGUGCAGCGCAUAUAUUCAUUGUUUGCAUCUUCUACAAAGCGGUGGAAAAUUCUUACAGAUAAUGUUAAAGAUAUAAGAGAUGCUUUGAUUUACUUAGCAAGUUCUAGUGAAGAUCCCAAGACAAAAAGUGAUGAUGAGUGCUUACCAACAUAUGAAAUUGAGAAUUUUGAGUUCUUACUUCGUAUGGUUAUUUGGUUUGAUAUUUUGAAUGCUAUUAACAAAAUAAGUAAAAUCAUGCAAUUAGAGGAUAUGCAAAUUGAUGUUACUAUAGACCUUUUAAGAGGGCUCAUUUCUUUUUUUGAAAGCUACAGAGAAAAUGGAUUUGAAGCAGCUAUGGUUGAGGCUAAAGAAAUUACAGUUAGAAUGAAAGUUGAACCCAUUUUUUGUGAACGUCGCAUCAUUCGUAGAAAGAAACAUUUUGAUAAAAAUGCUAAUAAAGAGAUGGUAAUGAGAGCUGAAGAAUCCUUUAGAGUCAAUUACUUCAUAUAUAUCGUUGAUCAAGCUCUUUCUUCACUUAAGAGUAGAUUUGAACAGUUUCAACAGUAUGAUGAAUCUUUUGAUUUCUUGUUUAAUUUGGAGAGGUUGAAGUCUGCAGAUAAUGAUAGUUUGAAGUGUUCAUGUCUUAACCUUGAAGAUCUCCUAAAGCAUGACAAAAAUUUUGAUAUUAAUGGGACAAAAUUAUUUUCAGAACUCUAA